UGCACUAUAACCAGUCUUUACUCGUCUCUACGGUCCAACGCGUCGGUUACAUUUUCAUGUGUGCCACCAACGUUGCGUUGACUUUGCGAUCCUCCGCUUUCCCUUCGGUAUUUUUAGCGACGGAAACUGUAGCAUAUCGAUUGCACGAGAGAUCGAUCGAGCAUCUAGUCACAAGAGCUCCAGAAUACGAAAAGACUUGCUCGCGGAGUCGGUUGUCACACGAAGCGGGAAUCCGUCGAGAGGGAAAGGCAGGAAGGAGGAAGAGAACGACGCAGCGCACGACGCAGAACAACGCGCAAGAUCAGCGCAGCGCGGCGCGUUGCGGCGCCCGGAGCUCGCCGGCGCGGUGGUGAUUCGUCGUCGCACGGCUGCAUCGGCCGGCCGAGGUCGUAGGGCGACGCGAGCGUACAGAAACGGUCCGACGACGAUGGCGACCACGACCACGAGGCUACGUGCCGUGGAUACGCGCGACGAAGAAGCGCCGACCAUCGACGAGAAGAGGAGAACGCAGCCGCCGCGGAACGGCUUAACCUCCUCUUGCGAGGACGCCGGCAAGAUGAACGGUCACACACUGAGUAACGGCCACGCACACUUUCCUCACAGCCUGAUAAAAACGGAAUUGCAAAAAGGCCACGGAAUACCAAACCCACGAUCGAAGGAGUCCGCUGAAAAAGUUCCGUUCAUCACAGCAGCGCUGACGCACUUUGGAUUUUAUAUUCUUAUGUUUCUGGGAUUUAUUAAUCAGUUAUUCUUCGUCCCGAAGGUUGCGCGCGAAAAAAACAGAGAGGGAUACGCUCCGCUCUAUGAAGAUUUUGAGAAAUUUUAUCUUAGAUACGUCUACAGAAGGGUCAGGGAUUGCUGGAAUAUACCGAUAUGUUCCGUUCCUGGAGCAAAAGUUACAUUGAAAGAUCGAGUUACUCACGAUUAUGGAUGGACAUUUCAAUUUACUGGAACUGAAACGGAAUGUAUAAACUUGGGCUCUUACAAUUAUUUAGGAUUCGCCGAUACGACUAAUAAGUGCACCGCUGAGAGCAUCAAUAUCCUCAGGAAGCUUGGUUGUGCCACUUACAGUACACGUCUCGAAUUAGGAACUAUGUCGAUACACAAUAAACUGGAGAAGCUGACUGCCAGAUUUAUGGGAGUCGAAGAUGCCAUAGUAUUCGGAAUGGGAUUCGCAACGAAUGCUUUAACUCUACCCUCUUUGGUCGGAAAAGGUUGUCUGGUCCUCAGUGAUGCAAAAAAUCACGCGUCGCUUAUUCUCGGACUGCGACUAUCGGGUGCAGUAAUACGAGUCGUCGAGCAUAACAAUGUGAAACACUUAGAGGAAUGUUUGAAAAAGGCCGUUGUUUUUGGACAGCCGCAGACCGGCGCACCUUGGAGGAAGAUAGUCAUAGUCGUCGAGGGUAUUUACUCUAUGGAGGGCACGAUUCCUUACUUACCCAAGCUAGUAGAACUGAAAAAGAAGUACAAAGCCUACCUUUAUUUGGAUGAAGCUCACAGUAUAGGUUCUACAGGAAAGCGCGGAAGAGGAAUUUGCGAUUAUUACAACGUUGACCCACAUGAUAUCGAUAUACUUAUGGGAACAUACACAAAAAGUUUCGGCUCGGCGGGUGGAUAUAUAGCUGGCAAAAAAGCAUUGAUAGACCAUUUAAGAAUACACUGUCACGCGCAUACAUAUGCAUCAGCAAUGUCUCCGCCCGUUGCACAACAAAUUAUCACGUCAAUGCAAAUUAUCGCAGGGGAAGAUGGCACGAAUGAAGGUAAAAAACUUAUCAAGCAGCUAGCUAGAAAUACAAGAUAUUUUCGACGCAGACUGCAUCAAAUCGGAGUUAUAAUCUACGGAAACGAGGAUUCACCCGUUGUGCCUAUGCUAGUUUAUCUGUUUUCUAAGAUCGGUGCAGUGGUACGUACUUUGACGGUGCGUAAGAUUGCAACCGUUGGUGUCGGGUUCCCAGCAACGCCGAUAAUGGAAGGUAGAAUUAGAUUUUGCCUUUCAGCUGCACAUACAAAGGAACAGUUGGACUAUGUAUUGUCACAUAUCGAGGAUAUUGCUGACACAUUAGGAUUAAGGUAUUCGAAGAAACCUCGUACUACCGCAAAGAUAGAAUAUUACUCCGAUAGUGAGACAGAAUGACCUACCUCUCAUACAGUAAUAAUAAAUCGCUAGACAAUUUAUUUAAGAAUUACUAAAGUAAUUCCCAAGUUACUAAAGUAAUUACCAAGAGCUUUAAUGCCAUAAAAUAAUUACUCCCAUUAUUAUUCGGAUAUCGCACAGAAUAUAUCUGGCACAGAAGGUAAAUAUCGUCGUUUAUAGUUUAAGGCAUAUGAUAAAUUUGAACGUUAACUCAAAAGAUUCUAAAACAAAAAUACCACGAUUUGUCGAAAUAUUUUUGUAAAACGAAAAAUAUCAUUGUUAACGUUUGUCUGAAAAGAAAAUAUCCCAGUUAAUAGAAAAUUACGUACAGUAUUUUAUAAUAAGGGUAAAUGAUGUGUUAUAAAAAAAUUUAAUCCUUAUUCGAAUAUUAAUGGAAGUAACUGUAUCAAUGAGAGUACACAUGUAGAUAUUAUACAGUUCUUACAUCAAACGAGAGAACUAUGUUAUAGUUACUACAAAUUCGCGCUUUUUUAAUAAGAACACGAGAAAAUACAAAUGUAUUAAUAUCUAUAGUGAUCCUACAUCUAUGACGUGUUGUAACGAUCCGGGUGUAUUUGUCGAGCAAACGGAUUUAGUAAAAUUGAUAAAAAUGCAAAGUUUAGGGAGUUUGAUAAAGUUGAGAAAAAUGACACUAUCAGAUCAUCAAUUAAAUGUACAUAGCAAUAAUCGUAUUAUUUAAAAAUUUUCGCAGUAUUUGCGCGCAGUGCAACAGAAGUUCAGUUCUGAAAUCGCAUAAAAAUAUAAAGGUAUCGCGGCAACUGGAAACACAUGCCGAAUUUCCUACACUUCGACUGCCUUUUGCGUCAUAUCUCACGAUAUGCUGUAAAAUCGCUCGAUUAACCGAACUAGUUCGGUUUAUUUAUAUCAUAUAGUGGAAACAAUUGACAAACAAGCCAAAACGAAGUUCGAAUCUAAUGCGUAUAGACACGGACAAUUUUUCUUACAUGAUUAUUUCCACAUAAUUAUGUAUAUUUAUAUCUCAUUGGAGAUUUGUGCAAAAUAUGACUCGCUUCCAAUUAAAUUCCAAAGAAAAAAUAAAAAUAAUCUUUUAAUAUACAAGAGAGUGAGCUUCAAACAAUGAAACAAUAGAAAUGAUCGCUUCGCUGAAUAUUCAACGAUUGCUGUUGGAAUUCAUUCACAUAUGCAUUAAAUGUACUGCCACUAUUAUGAUCUCGUAGAAUUUAUGAGGGCAAUGUAUGACCGACAGAUCGGAUAAUACAUGAGCGUAAGAACUUACGUAAAAGAUUCAAUAAUAUUUUAAUCAUAUGCUGUUUUUAUAAAAAAAAAAUAUAUAUAUAAAUAUAGGUGAAUGAAUUUUGAUUAUCACAUAUGACGCAUUACGACCUAUUUAACACGACGUAUCAGAAAUGUAUUGCUUUUUAUUCCCAUAUCAAGUAUUGCAAAUAAAUCAAAUAAGAUAUCUCAGCAUUUUAAAUCAAUUCAGCAUUACAUGCGAUCUUUCACAUAUAUGAUUAGAACUACAGUUAAAAUUUAACACGCAAUAGUAUUAAUUGAAGAAGAAUAGGCUGUUUUAAAUAGAAACAUUCAGGACUGCAUUAAUUAAUACUGUAAAUCUCUCUGCGUAAUAUCUAAGUGCUUCAAUAUACACAUCAGGGAUAUAUCUCUGUAUUUUGAGACUCGCUUGUAUUAUGUUAUUAUUGUCACAUAGAUUACCAGCCAAUUAGCUGAAAAAAUGUUAUUGUAAGUUUUAAGAGAAUCCCAUUACUAUGAAUAUGUACAGCAAUAACACAUAUAGUGUAGAAUCUGUAAAACUUAUAUGAAAUUUCGCAAACUUCGAUAUAUCCUUUAUUUUAUCAGGUUUUAAGUUUAAAAUUUAAACGCUGUAAAUAUAUCGAAAGCUGCAGAUCGCUCUCGCGCGACAUCAUACAUUAGACAGCUCUAGUUUUAGGGCUCAAAGUAGCUUUGAAGUACAAUCGACUAUCCGGCGACAGAUUAUAUGUAUUAAAUAAUGUUACAGUUAUUCUGAAACGUUUCAGAUAUAUACUAUUUUUUUAUGUUUCCGUAUUAUAUAGUUUAACGUUUCGUGUUAUAAGUAUAUCCCGCAUCAAACUUAGGGUGAGUUUCACCAACUCCAGUUAUGGUCAAAAUCUGACUGACAGUAUCAGAGUUCCAACUGAUAAUUCUAAUGGAUAAGAAAGUCAUAUCCAUUAGUUGGAACCUUAAUACUGUCGGUCAGAUUUUGACCGUAACCGGAAUUACAGAGUGAAACUCACCCUUGUAUCACUCACUGGAUGUAUGUGAGGCUGCCUAACGACAACAAAAUACGUUAUGUUAAUUGCAUAUCAAUUUUAUAUGUCUUAUAUCAUGGAGAAAUAAUUCAAUAUCAGUCAGAGAUUCAAUGAUGCAAGAAUCAAUGAGAGAUUCUUCUGACAAUUCGCAAUGAAAUUAUAAGACAAGCGAAACGUACAAACAGCGUCUAGAUGUGCGUUUAACGUUAAAUCUAUUUCCCUAAUUUUGAGUCGUUCGCAUUCGUUAUGUCAGCAAUGCUAUAUUUAACAUAAAGAUUAUACAUCGCAUAAACAUUGUAUUCAAUUACGUCUAGUGUUAAAUAUUACGAUGCGAUAAAAACUGA